AAGGGUGGCUGAACACCACGUGGAUGGCAGUGUGUGGCAGACUAGAGUAUGACACGACCCAAACAGGAAUGCAGGUUUGUCGUAGAGUUCAUGCGUAGUAAUGAAGGAUCCGGCGGGAAGGAUGAAGUAUCGAUCGCCUCGAGAUCGGUCCGCAUCUAGCAGGCCAGGAUGAGAGGAGAGGAUUCAGGACACUACGGAUCGCACGAGCCCAGGCAAGCCCAGGCAGACCCAGGAGCGAUUCGGCGGCGAUGGGGGCUGCUUAUCUAUCUAGCUCUGCCCGCCUUAGUCGGUGCCGCUGCCGAACCCCUCGAGCGAGACGGUGCGCCAUCUUGUCUUGACCCAAGGGCCAGACUCUCCAACCGACCUCAUAAGCAGCGAAGCCUCGACCGGUGCGGGAGUACAGGAACCCAAAUACCGCGAUUGGCACAGUUGCGCUGCCGUAAGAUGGAUGGAAAUAAUAUCACCUACAUUAUAUGUGCAUAAUAGGGGAAAGGGAACGGGACACGGAACGGGGAGGGUGGAGGAGAUUGAUCUUCCACCCUCUUCACCCUCUACACGGCACGCUCGGGGCGACUGGACGAGAGAUCAAGCAUUCGCCAUGUGGCUGCCGAUUUCAGAGGCCUCGCUGCAACGCACCCUCUAGCAUUUUGCGACCCUACGCGAGAGGAGCACGACGAGGUGCGCCGUGUCGUCCUAAAAAAAGCCCAGCCAGGAUUCGCCGUGGGGACACAGAAACUCCCAUGAGGAAUUAGAGGGGUAAGCAGGCCCGUACGGCAGGCAGGUAGGCAAUCCGAUAGCGGGAAGAGGAGCGGUGCCUAUUCGGAAAGACAGG